GGGCAGCAGGCCAAAACAAACAACACUUCAUUACAAAGAACACGGCCAAGCUCGACCGAGAAACAGAAGAGCUGCACCAUGACAGAGUUCCGCUGGAGGUGGGCAAAGUGAUCCAGCAGGGCCGGCAGAGCAAGGGCAUGACGCAGAAGGACUUGGCCACAAAAAUCAACGAGAAACCACAAGUUAUUGCCGACUACGAAUCAGGAAGAGCAAUCCCCAAUAACCAGGUUAUGGGCAAGAUCGAAAGAGCCAUCGGCCUUAAACUGCGUGGGAAGGAUAUUGGAAAACCGCUGGAAACCGGCCCCAAAGGGAAAUGACAACAAAGCCUCGAAAUCAGUUUGUUCAAACUGGUCUCGCCCGGCUGGCUCUCCUUCACCACCAGAAUCCCUCUUCGUCUUGCCAAGCUGAACAAGAGGGUUUCAGACUUGCUUUGGGGGGGAACCUGCCGAAUCUGUACCUGCUGUAAAAAGGCAACCUUAAAGAAGCGAUUUUCCUGAUUUUGUUUUUCCUUCCUCCUUUCCAGAGAUCGAGGAACUAACCCCCCAAAACCCCUGCAUCUGAUUUCCCAGAAAACGUGUGCAUCUUGGUGUUCAGAAGCACUUGGUGUGAUCUGAAAUAAUGAUCCUUUAAUUGGAAGAGUCUGGGGGCCGGGUGGGAUACAUGAUCUAUAAAUAAGGUGGAGAGGUGGGGGUUGGUCA